AUGCAGCUGCAAAUUCUUGUGAUCGGUGCCCUUCUGGCGAUAGCAAUUGCCGCUACUCCACCCAUACCACAGUGCGGCGGCAGCUGGCAGCAGCUGUCCGGCACGGAUCAGUGCUUCAUGGUGGUUACCUCGCCGAAGAAGUGGACCGCUGCUCGGACUGAUUGCCAAAAAAAUAAACGUGGCGAUCUAGCCAUCAUUCCCGACGCAACAACUUCGACCUUCAUAAAAAAUGUUCUCUCUGGAGCCACUGGUCAGUAUUGGAUCGGACUGCACGAUGUUAUCGCGGAGAACACUUUCAAAUGGGUGGACGACACGCCACUGGGCAGUUGGAACAAUUGGAAUCCUGGAGAGCCCAAUAAUGUUGGAAAUGAAGAUUGUGCUGCUGUGUAUGCUAGCUCAGCCAAAUGGAACGAUGACGGCUGUAGUAAGGCCAAACCGUACAUCUGCAGUAAACUGUCCACUGUCCUCGCCGUAUGCGACGAGUCCAAUGGUUGGAGGAGUUACGACGGCAAGUGUUACCGGUUUGCGAGUGGCGCUGCAAAAUGGAAGGAUGCCGAGACCCAAUGUGGGUUUUUCCAGGGGGGUCACAUAGCAUAUAUAAAGAAAACUGACGACCAAACCUUUCUGGACAACUUGCAGGUCACUCACUCAAGUAGUUACUGGAUUGGAUUGCAAGAUAAGGCGAAUGGAAACGACGGAGACUAUCAAUGGUCAGACGGGUCAACCUUUGACACGACUGUUAACAAAUGGGGAAACAACCAGCCAAAAAACCAAUGGUACGGUCAGGAAGGCGAUUGUGGCUACGUCUCAACCUCAGGAACAUGGGCCAUCGAUAAAUGCACAGCAAAAUAUAAAUAUGUCUGCGAAAUUCCUGAAGGCACCUGUCCGGUGGGUUGGUCGGCCCAUGCAGGCUUUUGUUAUCAACUGAAUGCAGUUGCCAACAACCUGAUGACUUGGACUGAUGCCAAGGAUUUUUGCACUACCCAGGGGGCAUUUUUGACACCCAUUCUAGGGGACAGUGAAUAUGUUUUUGUGAAAAGCUUCCUGAAUGGUCUAGACAGCAAUGGCAUCCAAGACCUCUUCUUUGGACUAUCAGAUAUCAAUGUAGAUGGAACAUUCAAGUGGGCAAUGGAUAACUCCAAACUUGGAAGUUACAAAAACUGGGCCCCAGGACAACCUGGGGCUAAAAAUGGACAGAAGGAUUGUGCAUACAUUAAAACAGGUGUGUGUACUGAUGCCCAGGGUCUGUGGUAUUAUGGCGAUUGCUUUAAGCUUGCUGCCUUCAUUUGCAGAAUUACAAAAGGAGUUCCUCUGACGUAUAACCCACCUGGGCCUAUAAAUGCGUAUUGUGACAACACGGAUUACGACUUGUACAACAACCUCUGCUACAAAAUCAUCCCAGAUUCGAAAUCUUGGGCCGACGCCGAAACAGCCUGCGAGAAUGAGAACGCUCAACUAGUCAAGGUGGAAGAUGAUGGAGUACAGUCCUUCAUGUCAAGUCGGCUCAAUGUAAUCAAGAAGCGUGUUUGGAUUGGACUGACAGACAACGCAAUUGCAGGCACCUACAAGUGGACCGACGGGACAACGCUUGGUUCUUAUAACAACUGGGCACCAAACAACCCGAUAACAUCGCUUCACUGUGUCACCUUGACUGGUGCCCCACUGAACUACGGCCUGUGGAAAACGAGAAAGUGCACCCAGAAAAACUACUAUGCGUGUCAGAAAAAAUCACAAAGCGGAGUCGGACCAACGUCUAAACCAAACCCAACAGCUGGGUAUUAUGACCGCUGCGGUAACGGAUGGGAGUACGACAAAGAUUCCAACAAAUGUUUCCUGUUCCGACCGACGGCCUACGAGAACUGGUUCAAUGCCCGGAUCAUCUGCCGACAGGAAGGAGGCGAUCUGCUAAGCAUCCAAGGAAGUGAUGAUAUGAAUUACGCUAAUGGUCGCGUGAAGUCCUUUGGGUCUGGAUUUACAUGGAUCGGAUGUAAUGACCUUGGCGUUGAAGGUGGAUGGGGUUGGAGCGAUGGCAAACCUUUCGCAAAGAUCAACUGGGCUCCAGGACAACCCAACAAUAUCGACACGUACUACUCAGGCGGCCAGCAUUGCUGUGAAAUUUGGAAUAACUAUGGAGAUUGGAAUGACGAUGACUGUUACUACUCUCACUCAUAUGCCUGCAGUCGAGAUGAGUACGUCUUUAAGUAUUUUAUAACUUACACUGAGAAGAAAAUGGACGAAACGGUGGACCUGCAGCUGGACGAUAUGUGGCCUAGGCAAUGCGCAGAGCGAUGCGUCCAGGAGACUUCAUUUACAUGUCUGUCAUUCGACUACGACAGGCAAGGUCGGACUUGCUUCCUUCGGAAGGUUGCUAAGACAGCAGGCGGACUCUUGCCGACCUACGACACGCAACACUUUGAUCAUUACGAGAGAGAUCAGAAUGUUCAACCACCGCUUCCCCCAACUCCCUCAUCCUUGAACUGCCCUACGGGCUGGGGACGAUACCUGGAUAACUGUUACUAUGCCAACUACGACAAAAAAGAAUUUGUUGCAGCCGAGGCAGCCUGUCCAAACGGUGCCAUGUUAGCUUCAGUGGCUGACGUGAAUGUCAACCAUUUCCUGCAGGCCUACGUCUGGGAACAAAACUCCAUAAAAAAUGUCGGCGAUACUCGCUUUUGGAUCGGGCUGCAUGACAGAGAUAUGGAAAACGAGUUCAAAUGGACCAACGGCGAAACCGUGACGUUUACCAGCUGGAACGCGUAUGAACCCAAUGACGUCAAUGGGGAGGACUGCAUUGAGAUGUAUAUUGACAACGGCCUCUGGAACGAUUUACCAUGCAAGGGUUACAACUACGGCUCCUUGUGUAAGCAAGGUCUGACAAGUGGUAACCCAGCCCCACCGGUUGACGGCAACUGCCCCAGUGGUUGGUUGCCAUGGAUUGAUCGCUGUUACCUGCUUAGUACAACCAAAGCUACAUGGGAUGAUGCUGGUACAAACUGCAAGAAGACGUCAGGUGCCCAACUGGUGGUCAUAGAGGAGAAAAUGGAGAUGGCCUUCCUAAGUGGCCAGCUCGGUCAGCAGACAGGUGGUGUGUAUAUAGGGGAGGAGUUUUUCAUCGCUCUGAGUGACAGCAAGACGGCAGGCCUGUAUGAAUGGAUGGAUAAAACGCCCAUUACCUACACACAUUGGGCUGCGGGUCAACCAGACGAUCGCACCGGUCAUUGUGUCACUGUUACCUCGGGUAGAAACGCAGGCUUUUGGGUCGACAGAGACUGCACCACGAAAUACCGCUACAUCUGUGAGAAAGCUAAGGCUAAUAAACCUCCCAUACAACCACCAGUUAUCAAUCCAGGCACCACGCCGUCUAGUUCAGGCUGUGUGACGGGCUGGAUAGGCUACGGCAGCCGUUGCUUCAAGGCCAUCGAGUUUGCCAAUGCCGCCGACAGAGUUGACUGGGAUGAAGCCAAUCGGGUUUGCACUAACUUCGGCGGAGCGCUGGCCAGCAUCCAUCACCCAGACGAAGAGCAAUACUUGGUAGAUAACCUCCAACUGACUACUAAUCAAAGGUUUUGGAUCGGAUUGAAUGACCAGCGAAUGGAAGGAGGUUACCGGUGGAGUGACGGCACAGCGGUGCAGUACACCAGCUGGAAUGGGGGUGAACCCAACGACUACAGCGGCUCCGAGGAAUGCGUGGAGACGGACUUAAAGGGAGGCAAAUGGAACGACCUCUUCUGCUGGUACCCGCGCAAUUUCCUCUGUUCCAUACCCAAAGGGCAAGCUGUUAUCACCACUCCUAAGCCAACACCUCCCCAAGGUGGAGAUUGUUAUCCUGGGGACAGUACUUGGAGUCAUUUAGCACCUUAUUGCUAUAAAGUCUACAAUUAUUGGUAUGACUGGCAUGGGGCAAAUCAAAUGUGCCACAAUGACGAUGCCCAUCUGGUGUCCAUCCACAGCGAUGAUGAACAAACUUUCAUUAAAAACAGAAUGACGUAUUCAAACAAUUACUGGAUUGGUCUGAAGUCCAACCUGACGCAUCCAGGUGAUCACCUAUGGGAGGAUGGCAGCCCGUAUGACUACAUCAACUGGCAAAGUCAACCAGACCCAGGCAAUGGGGAUAAACUAUGCACCGUGAUGAUUGGCGAAGACUCGGGAAAUAAGGCCAAGUGGGAGACUCACAAUUGUGGAGAAUCGGGCCCUUUUGUCUGCAAGAAACGUUUGGAUAGUGUCCCCGUCACUCAUUAUCCUACCAGUCCCUCGACCGGGGGAUGCCAACCAGGAUGGAAGCAGUACAACGAUAACUUCUGUUACAAGUUUAUGGGGCUGGGCGGCCAACAGGACCCCAAACUGAACUGGGGAGAUGCCAAGAAGGCCUGCAGCGAUAUUAUAGGAGCACACUUUGCAUCCGUAAAUGACCUGGAUGUUCACAAUGCUUUGACCGCUGACAUGAUCACGCUUGACGGUGACGUGUGGAUAGGGAUGUCGAAUAUUGGAAAUCACGGCUCUUAUCUAUGGACGGACAGCAGCUCAAGAGGACUCUAUGUCUGGGCCUACAACCAGCCUGUCUACGAUUUUAAUGCCACAUCUUCGUGCGUCUGCAUGAAAUACGAAGACGAGGAAAGUGGAAAAUGGUUCAGCGAGGAUUGCCAACUUCUGCACAGCUAUCUCUGCAAAAUGCCUGCAGAUGAUAGCAUUACAACCACACAGGCUCCGCCUACUCCUUGCCAAACCGCCGACGACAACCUCAAGGAUUACAUCCAGUACGGCACAGCCUGUUUCAAGGUUGACCUGAGCAAAAAGAGGACAUUUGGAGAGGCAAAGCAGUACUGUGAGAACGACGGUGCUACCUUGGCAUCCGUUCUGAACGGCUUUGAGCAGGCUAAGCUCGUGACAAUGACAAGUGACGCUGAUGACAUGACCUGGAUCGGUUUGUACGAUGAUCCGGACACUCGAUUGUUCACGUGGUUAGACGGCUGGCCAUUCUUCAUUGAGUACUGGGGUUGGAGCUCCCCCAACGGCAACAACUGCACAGCUAUAAACAUGAACAACAUGUACAGCUGGUACAACGGAGUCUGGGGAAAUGUUGCGUGCGAAGACAUGUAUUAUACAGCAUGCAAGUACAGCACAGAGACCCCACCCACUCCAUCACCAACCCAAGCUGGAUAUUGCGAGAUCGGCUGGAGUGAUUCUGGCACGAGUUGUUACAUCAUGGGCACCGGCCUGUAUGAAACAGCCACGUUUAAGGAGGCCGUGUACGACUGCGAUAGGUACUACGACGGUGCGCAUGUGGCAACCAUCAGCAGCAAGGCAGAAAACCAAUUUGUGAUGAACCUGGCUCAGAAACAAUUCAGUCUUUCCUGGAUACUGAUCGGCCUCGAACGAGGAAAAGAUGGAGGCUGGGAGUGGAUUGAUAACAGUCCGCUGGCUUACCAAAACUGGGUUGAUGACGCUUGGGAUCAUGAAUCAGCUAACUGUGCCGAGAUUCGAACCUAUGCUCAAGGAAAGUGGGACACUAUUGGCUGUGACGUACAAAGCCACUAUGUCUGCGAGAAGGCCAAAACACUGAUCACCAAUACCGAAGCACCCUUUUUACCCAAAGAUUGCGCAACUCAGUAUGUGACUAGUGGAUGGAAGGCGCUUCGUCAGUAUUGUUACCUAUUCGUACCCAGUUCGCUCUCAUGGGAUCAAGCUGAAGCUGACUGCAACACCAAAGGCGGCUACCUGGCGUCUGUGCUUGAUGAAGACGAGCAGAAUUUCAUCAAGAAUUUGGCAGGGCAGGAUUAUUAUGCGUUGCAUUCCUGGCUUGGACUCCGUAAAGACCUAGCAACUGGUGAUUACAAGUGGACGGAUGGUUCUUCUACAGUUUACAAGGUCUGGGAUACAGACGGUGAACCCGAUGAUCGUGACGACAUGUCUACAUGUGCACAGAUGUGGCACGAUGGACCUUGGAUAACUCACGACUGUGGCAAGUCAAUAUCGUACACUUGUAAGCGACGAUACGACAACCAGAAACCUGUUACGAAACCUCCUCAGCCGACUCCUACAGGAAACUGUCCCAAGGAUUGGUUCAAGGUGGAGAAUGGAUGUUACCAAAUCCGAAACAACCAAUCGAUGUGGAACAUAUCGAGGGCUGACUGUCGGAAAGAGGAGGGCGGAGAUCUGGCCGCUAUACAUAGUGCACUCACCCAGACGUUUAUUACGAGCAUGAUGAAAGGAGGAGCUGAUGAUCUUUGGAUCGGGUAUCGAACUCUGGAUGCUAAAGAAGGCUGGGGCUACCACUGGGUAGACCAAAGUGAUAUUUGGUAUAUCAACUGGGCCAAACAGAGACCAAAUGUUUAUUGGGAGCCCGGUUAUUGUGUUACUUUGACAAUUGAUGAUGAGCUUCCAGGCCGCUGGGUUGAUGUUCCAUGCUCAGAGAAGCAUGGCUAUGUCUGCUAUAAACCACUCGAUCCAACAUUGCCGACCGCUGCUCCACCAGAGAACAACUGUCCUAAAGAUGACUACCUACCGUACGUCGAAGACUGCUUCAAGAUAAACAUGGACAAAAUGAACUUCGCCGACGCCACCAAAUACUGUGCUGAUGACGGAACAUACCUAGCCACCAUUACUAAUGGUUAUGAUGAGGCUUUCGUCAUGUACAAUACUCUGAUGCAAGGACAAGCCGGUGCUCCCCCAGAUGCUGUGUGGAUUGGUCUCAGAGCCGAUAACGAUACCAGAGAGUACAAAUGGGUAGAUGGCUGGCCUGUGAUAUACACAAACUGGGACGUUUUCCAGCCCAUGGAGGAAAACGGCUUGUGUGUGCAGUUGACGCAAGAUACAUAUUGGCAAACGGCACCCUGUACCAACGACACCAAAGCACCCUUCAUUUGCCGAACAACCACUGGUACAGUUGUGAUACCAACUGAUCCAGCUCACUCGGGCACCUGCCCGGAUGAUUGGGUAGCGUUCCAUGACCACUGCUACCAGUUCAACACCGACACGGAGGGCUACGAGUCGUGGUACAAAGCGUCGCAUAAGUGUGAGCAAGACCACAACGGCCGACUUCUGUCCAUACACACCAAGGCUGAGAAUGACUUUAUUCGAAAGAAGUUCAGUGAACUGUACCCCGACUCGUAUUAUUGGGAUGGGUUAUGGUUGGAUCUCUCUCGUAACGCAACUGGUACCGGUCAUACUUCGUUUUAUUGGAACGAUGGUCACGCACUUGAUUAUAGUAACUGGGACAAGGGAGAGCCACAACAGAAUGAAUGGAAUGACUGCGCCGCGGUGUUGCCCAAGGCUUAUGGCAAGUGGCAGGCCCAAUCCUGUGAAUACGGAAACUAUUUUGUCUGCUACAUGGAACAAGAUGUAGUAGCACCACCCAAGCCGUACAGCGGUGGCCUGGGUGGGGGCGCUAUAGCCGGUAUCGUCAUCGGUGUUCUCGUCGUCUUACUCCUCGCCCUCGGCGCCGGGUACUUCCUGAUGAAGAACCGCCACGCCAAGCCACUGGACGACCCAGGCUUACCUCCGACCACCGGCUUUGAUAACGUCUUGUACACACCUUCUCUUGAUGAGGUGAAAACCAAGGAUAUCGAUACUAAGCCCGAGUCAAUGAGCGAUGCUUAGAAACACUCACUUUCAUGAACAAAUUAAAGGUGCUCUCUCAUUGUUUUUGCCCUAAACAUGCCGCAGUAACUUACACAUAGCGUACUGCGUGACACUUUCAUAUACAUGUACAAGUUUUGAAUUGAACUUGAUGGUGGAAAGGUUUCAAUUUUCAAUUUCCUAAGCAGUGGAAGUACUGCUUCAUCCAACUAUACUGAUUAAAUGAAAUACACAUGUCGGUACACCUUUAACUUAAAAGUACAGUAAUAGCAGCGGCACUGUUCUUACAAACUUGAGAGUUGAUUACAAAUUCAAUAAAUAAAAUAUUUGUCGAUGAGUUUCAAAGUUGGCAGGGAAUUUAUGUGGACUUGACCGAUCGCUGACAAUGACUUAAAGUGCAGCUAUAGUGAUGUUGUAUCAUUUUGUAAGAUGUAGACGCAAAUCUGGUUGUAUAUUGAAACAUUGUGAAACCCAAACUUUACUUUUACCUAAAGCAAGACACUAUCACAAUAAGUCAGGCUAACAGCGGGCCCACUAGCGUUUUGUUCAGCCCAUGUUGUGUCCAAUGAUUAUAUGAACAAUAGUAUUACCAAAGUAUAGGCCUUAACUAUGCGAUGGGCACAAGGCGAACUUGAAACCAGCUUAUGGACAGACAGCUUGAUGUUUGCCAGUGCUUAAAUUAUUAAGUGGAAUAUGAAGGAAUGUCAUGGUCCGUGCACCUAAAUUUGCAUAUUGAUAAUAAAAGCUUGGACUUUCAAUUAAGAAUGUGUGACAGGUUGUUGGUGAAUAUUCAGAAGGCAUAACGAGCGCUUACCACUCCCUCGUGGGUCACUCUAUAAAUCUGAGGUCCACUUUUUUUCACGUCCCUGACAUCUAUGAUUUUUAU